AUGACCGAGAAAGGGAAAUUCACCGACGAUAUCCUUGAGGGUACCGUUGAUGUUGCACCGGAAUAUUCCGACCAGUACUACAGAAAGCUCCGCUGGAAGAUCGAUCUGUGGCUGCUGCCGCUGAUGUGGUUCUGUUAUGGAACACAACAAGCUGACAAAACAUCUCUCAGUGUGCAAGCCGUCUUCGGCAUCCGAGAGGAUACCGGCCUUGUCGGCGAGCAGUUCAACUGGCUGAGCACAAUCUUCUACCUCUCCUACAUGCUUUGCGAGGCUCCCGGCAAUUGGCUGAUGCAGAAAUGCCACACUGGCAAGUUCUUGGCCACCGUCAUGGUUCUGUGGGGUGUUAUUGUUCUAUGCGUUGCCUUCGCCAAGAACUUCGCCCAUCUCAUGGUCCUUCGUACAAUUCAGGGAGCUCUCGAGUGUACAAUUUCGCCGACGUUUAUGUUGAUGACAGGAGCAUGGUACACUUCGCAAGAACACACCUUGCGAUCUCUCAUUUGGGGAACCUCUAACGCAGGCAUGAAUAUUAUUGCCGGUCUCAGCAUGUACGGCAUUGGCCUGCAUGCGGAGAAGAACCCCAAUGGCUUGGCCCCAUGGAAAGGAAUCUCAUUCUUUCUUGGAACCUUGACUAUCGUAUUGGGCGUCCUGGUCUGGUUCAUCUUGGGAACUCCCCGUGAGGUGCGAUGGCUGAGUGAGGACGAAAAGCGUGCCGCUAUUUCUCGUGUCAUUGCAAACCAAACAGGAUCCGAUCGUGAGAAGCGGGAGGAAUUUAAAUGGGAGCAGGUCUGGAUAACAUUCAAAGACCCACAGACUUACUUCUUUUUCUUCGUAACCAUUAUCAACGCUCUUCCUAAUGGUGCCAACACCACCUUUUCAAAGCUGAUCUGGAAAUCAUUUGGAUUUACAUCAUUGGAGACACUUCUGAAGGGAUCGACUCCUUACUAUGCUUUCGGCAUUUGCUGGUUCUUGACCGUUGGAUUUAUUACCUUCAAGAAACCAAACUUCCGAUUCCUCAUGAUGAUGUUUUCACUCAUACCUGCCUUUAGUGGAAUGUUGGCCCUGUCAUUACUCCCAACCGAUAGCAUGAAGUGGACUCGAUGGGGCAUGUAUAUGAUGCAAGUGUUCGGCACUUUGCCUGGACUCAUGAUCUGGACCUUCCUGCCCUCCAAUGUUGCAGGGAGAACCAAGAAGACGGUGACAGCUACAGUCCUCUUCAUUGCAUACUGUGUUGGAAACGCUGUCGGAGCUCAGAUGUUUGUGGCUUCAGACGCUCCGAAAUACGUUCGAGGUAUCACUGCUUGCGCCAUACUCUACUGCGUCGAAUUCUGCAGCAUGGGAGUGUGGAGAUUCUACUACAUCUGGGAAAAUAGACGACGGGCCAAGAUUAUUCAAGAGCAGGGAAUCUCAGAGGAAGAGAGUGAACGGCUUGGAAAGAUAAAUGCGGAGGCGGACAUGACGGAUCGGGAGAAUAUUCAUUUCCGGUACAAAUAUUGA